UGCAAGCAGGUUUUCACUUUUUGCCACAUGCUUUUGAUAUGAAAGCAGGACUUGCUGUUAAAGAAUCAAAGCCAUUAGUUCCAAAUUUUCUCAAGACCCUCUGCCCGUUCCUUUCUCAUUCUGUACUUUAAUGGCUUCUUCCAACUCUCCUUCAUGUUCUCUACCAACUGGAAGAUGGGAACAUGAUGUCUUCCUCAGCUUUAGAGGUGAAGACACUCGAAUGAAUUUUGUAGAUCAUCUUUAUGCAGCUCUAAUUCAUAGAGGGAUAGAUACAUUCAUAGACGAUGAGAUGCUCCAUAGAGGGGAACUGAUUUCACCAGAACUCCUGAAAGCCAUUGAAAAAUAAAGAUUUGCGGUGGUUGUUUUCUCCAAAAACUAUGCAAACUCUUCGUGGUGUUUGGAUGAACUUGCCAAGAUCAUGGAAUGCCGGGAUCGGAUGGGACAAAAGGUGUUACCCGUGUUCUACCACGUGGAUCCAUCCAAUCUGCGAGGCCAGAAAGGAAAGUUCACUACAGCCUUCCAACAAAACGAAGAAAAGUUUAGGGGAGAGAUUGAAAAACUGAACAAGUGGAGGGAAUCUUUAGUUACAGCUUCCAAGAUAUCUGGCUGGCAUGUCUCCAAAGCAGUCAAUGUUGGUGAAUCUGAAGUUAUCAACAAGAUUGUUAAAGUGAUCCUGGAGGGUAUACAACCUGAUGGUAAUGAAAAUGAACUUAUUGGUAUCGAGUAUCAUUUGGAUGCAUUAAUUUCAUUAUUGUGUAUGGAAGCAACAGAAGAUGUUCUCAUGAUAGGGAUAUGGGGAAUGGGAGGAAUUGGUAAGACAACUAUUGCCCAAGCUGUGUUCCGAAGAAUUGCAUAUAAGUUUGAGGGUAGUUGCUUUGUUAAAGAUGUGAGAGAAAAUAGUUGUAGUAAGAGAGAUAGACAAGUCCUGCAGGACAAGAUUAUAAGAGAUGUUCUAGUGCCGCAUGAUCAUAGGGUCAGAAUUCAGGAUCUAGAUCACGGAGCAGACAUGAUGCGCAAAAGCUUUUCCAAUAAAAAGGUUCUUCUUGUCCUAGAUGAUGUGGAUAAUGUUAACCAAUUGGAGUUCCUGACCGCAACAGAUGAAUGGUAUGGUCCAGGAAGUAGAAUCAUUGUAACCACUAGAGACGAGCAUUUGUUAGCAGAUGCACAUUCCAUAUACAAGCCUAAUUGUUUACUUAUGGAUCAAGCUGUUAAGCUUUUCAGUAGGCAUGCUUUUCGGCAUAAUAGCCCUCCUGAAGGUACAAGCAGCUGUCAUAUCGUGCAAUACAGUACACUGGCUAUCUUCCUCUAG